UUAGUGUUUUAAAAAAUAUGAAUGUGCAAAAGAAAUGGGGAAGAGGAGCAGGAACCUAUAUUUGAAAUUUAAUGGUGCUCUUGAAAAGAGCAAAUGUUUUGUUCGUUUGGAAUUUGAUAGGGUCUCUAAUAUUAAUAAUUUUUUCUUUCUACAAUAGUAGUCCCCCCCUUCUGCAAAAAAGUUUCAAAAGGUCAAGAAAAAAGGCCUUUCCAAUUGGAAUUUAUACAUUAGUGUCUCUUUCCGAGUAAUUAAAUAGUAAAUUGCAUAAUCUAUGUACUGAACAAAUGUGGAAUGUUUAAUUUAAAAAUUUUAUAAGACUAUUGGGUCAAGGUGAGAAGGUCAAAAAGUUUGCUUUGAAAGAUUUCUGUGUUUACAGAUGAUUGAAACAACUGUGCUUAAGACAGAGAAUGAUACAUUUGAAGAAAGCCUUGGAACAAUGAUCAGCGUAAGACUACACACGUGUGGGUUUCUGGGCGUUUACCACUUGGGGGCAGCAUCUGCACUUUGCAGACGUGGCCAAAGGCUCAUGAAGGAUGUCAAGGCCUUCGCGGGGGCUUCUGCCGGAUCCUUGGUUGCUUCUGUCCUCCUAACAGCACCAGACAAAAUAGAGGAAUGUAACCAAUUUGCCUACGAGUUUGCUGAAGAAAUCAGAAGGCAGUCUUUCGGGGCAGUAACACCCGGUUAUGACUUCAUGGCCCGAUUGAGAAGCGGAGUGGAAUCGAUUCUUCCUUCCAACGCUCACGAGCUGGCCCAGAACCGACUGCACGUAUCCAUCACCAACAGCAAAACCAGAGAAAAUUACUUAGUCUCAAGUUUUUCCUCCAGGGAAGACCUCAUUAAGGUGCUGUUAGCCAGCAGUUUCCUGCCCAUUUAUGCAGGCCUCAAGCCAGUGGAAUACAAAGGGCAGAAGUGGGUGGACGGCGGCCUCACCAACAGCCUUCCCAUCCUGCCUGUUGGUCGCACGGUGACCAUCUCCCCCUUCAGUGGACGAUUGGACAUCUCCCCGCAGGACAAAGGGCAGCUGGAUCUGUAUGUUAACAUUGCCAAACAGGACAUACUGCUGUCCGUGGCAAACCUGGUGAGGCUCAACCAAGCCCUGUUUCCGCCAAGCAAGCGGAAAAUGGAAUCCCUGUAUCAAUGUGGUUUUGAUGACGCUGUUAAGUUUUUACUUAAGGAAAAUUGGUUUGAAUAAGACGCUUAAAAGUCUAUGAUGCAAAA